UUGAACCCGCAAAUGCAAAAACACAGCCCGCCCUUAGCCAAAAAAUUGAGCUCCUAAAAAUACCGUUCCCCCCUCAAUUCUCACAUCGAUCCAUUCAUUUCCCUCUCCAAUUUCCCCACCAUUUAUAUAUCUUCUCCCAAUUUCCUUUCCCCCUAAGAUUUCCCACCAAAUCACAUAUCCCUUCUCUCACUUUCCGAUCUUUACUGUCACUUUCGCUGAUUCUAGGGUUUCAUUCUUGCUAAGCUAGGGUUUUGAUUAACCUCCAUUAAUUCAGCUUCAUUUUCUUGUGAAAUUCGUUCAUGGCUACCGAAGUUCAAGACGACAAAAAACCGGAUAACGAGGCGGAGAGUGGAGGAGGAAAAGAGGUUGAAGAAAAGGUUGAUGACGAAGGGAAUGAUGAAAAAAUGGAAGAGAAGAAUGAGGAUGAAGAAGGUGGUGAGAAGAAUGAUGAAGUGAAGGAGGAAGAAGAAGAUGAGAAGAUGGUUGAGAAAGGGAAGGGAGAUCAUGAACAAGUAAUGAAGGAAGCAGAGGAGAAGGAUGAUGAGGAGAAACAGGAAGAGGUUGAUGAACAAGAAGAGGAGGAUGAAGAAGAAGAGGUUGAGAAGAAGGCGAAGGAAAGUCCUCCGUCGAGUCCAAAGGAUGUUGCUACUCCGAAAUCGGAGAGACCUACUAGAGAGAGAAAAGCUGUUGAGAGGUACUCUAUUGCUUCUCCUCCUAGUCGCGCUUCUGGUGGGAAACCAUUGUCCAUUGCUAAGGGUAGUGGAAUGCGGCUCAAGGAUAUUCCAAAUGUGGCUUAUAAGCUGUCAAAGAGAAAACCUGAUGAUAAUUUGCAAUUACUGCAUAUGGUUCUUUUUGGAAAGAAAGCAAAGGUACAUAAUUUGAAGAAAGAUAUCGGCCAAUUUUCUGGCUUUGUGUGGGUUGACAAUGAGGAAAAGCAACGUGCCAAAACAAAGGAGAAGCUUGAUAAAUGUGUAAAAGAAAAACUAUUGGACUUUUGUGAUGUGCUCAAUAUUCCUAUAAAUAGAGCUGCUGUUAGAAAGGAGGACCUCUCUGUGAAACUGUUAGAGUUUUUGGAGUCACCACAAGCUACCACCGAUGUUUUGCUUGCCAAUAAGGAGCAGAAAACAAAAAAGCAAAAAGGAAAGGCAAAACCUUUGAAGAGCCGAAGUUCUAAAGCUUCAUCUUCUGCUAAGAAAACUCAAACCGGGGAAAAACGAAAAAGGUCAGAAAAAGCAGAUGAAGAGAUUGAUGCUGAUGACAAGGAUGAUAUUGGGGAUACCCAAUCUCACUCUUCAGAUGAAGAGGAAUCUAUGCAGAAAGAAGAGAGUGAUCAGGACACUGAUUCAGAGCAAGAGGAAGAAGGGGCUAGUGAAAAAAUGACAACCCCAAAGAGUUCGUCCAAGGAUCACUCUGAAGCUAAAAAUGGGAAGAAGCCUACACUUAAGAAGUGUAGCUCUGAGAAAUCUGCUAAAAGCCCUGCAAAAUCUGCCAAGAAAGCCACGGGUACACCUAAAAAGUCUUCGGCUGCUGUGGAAAUCUCUGUUUCAUCCUCCAAAGCAAAGGGGUCUUCGAGCAAGAGGAAACAAGUAGAUAAAGAAACUCAAAAAGAGAAGCCUAUUCCUGUCGAACAGAAGCCCCCAAGCAAGAAACAAAGAAGCAAGCCAGCGGCUAAAUCUGCUACCAAAGAUCAGGAUAAAGGAAAGGCGAAGAAAGAAGAAAAACCAGAGCCAACAAAUGAUGAAUUGCGUGCUCAGGCUGUUAAUAUUCUGAAAGAAGUGGACUUCAAUACUGCAACUCUAUCAGAUAUCCUUCGAUUGCUUGGUUCUCACUUCGGCGUGGACUUGAUGCAUAGGAAAGCAGAGGUUAAAGCUAUAAUCACAGAAGUAAUCGAAAACAUGUCCAACGAUGAAGAUGAGGAAGAGGACGAUGACGAUGAUGAGGAUACAGACUCGGGGAAGGAAUAAAAUGUGCUCAGUCGAUGUGUAAGUGAUGAAUCUUUGGCACAAUUCUGUUCGUCUGAUUGAUUAAAAGCAUUUUAAUUGUGAAGUUCUUGAUACCAUAGAGGCUUGUAGACUUGUAGAUUAUAGAGCCUGCAGCUGGGAUUAUCUGGUCUGUUUAGUAUGUACCAUAAAUUAUUUUCUUUUACGUAAAAAAAUUGUUAAUUAGGUUGGUUUAGAUGUUUUUAACUUUUGUAUUUCUUAUUAUAUUGAGGAACUUUUAAUUUUUCUUGUUGAAAAAUCUUGAUGGAUAAGAGUUUUGUAGGAUAUAUAUGCCAAUUAUCAAGUGACUUAUA